GUUCUUAAACAAGGAGUGGUUGGUACAAUGGGUUCCAAGAAGAAGAAUAAAAUCCAGACAGGAAAGGAACAACCGUUCCAACCAUACAACUGUAGUGUGACUGCCCGAAACCUACCUAAGAGCGAAUUGGGAGCUGUUAUAUUUGGGUGUAAAGCCCAUACCAUCGAGGAAUGCCUUUCGAAGCUGAUCUUUGGUUUACCAUUUGGACAUUUUGCAUAUGUCAAGAAGAUUAGUCCCGGCCUUCCACUGUUUCUGUUCAACUACAGUGAUCGGAAGCUUCUUGGUACAUUUGAGGCUUCUAGUCCUGGAAAACUUAAUAUUGACGCAUAUGCAUGGACUAACGGCAAUGGCUAUGAAACAGAAUUUCCUGCUCAGGUGAAAAUAAAAGCGUUCAAUAGGUGCUACACUCUGAAAGAAAGCCAAUUUAGCUCCAUCAUCCCUGAUAACUACUAUGAUCCAGAUCAACCAAAUUUUUUUUGGUUUGAAAUGGAUCAUUCUCAGACAGCUAAGAUGGUUGGGUUGUUUGCAUCUUCAGGUGUGCCGUAUUCCGGUCGUCAUUAUGCUCAUCAGAACCCCACUAAGGAAACUCGUAGCUAUAUCCCACAAAACAAAUGCAAUCCUAGUGUGCCUAAUGAUUGUGUUGAACAGCACUCUGCAUCUACAAGUUAUGCUGUGCAAAGUAAUGCCCGUGCUUCCUCCGAACAGAGAUCUUGGAGGUCACUUUUUAACAACACAACUUCUGAUACAAUCAACAAAUUUGAAGUUUUGAAGAUUGCAUCAUCACGUCCAACUUCACCCUUAUCAGAGCAGUAUAAUGGGGAAUGGGAGUCUUGCACUUCACCUUCAAUUACCAGAAGUGAAGAUCAUGAGUGUUGUCCUGAGGAGAUCGUCGAAGAUGCAGAUAUUCAGCCACAAUACGUGGCUCCUGGAAUCUGUCAUGGGGAAUGGGAUGCUGAGGUUGAAAGAGAUACAGAAAAUAUUCAACCAUUUGUUGAGUCCGCUGAAUACUCUAUCCAACCACAGUACGAGGCUCCUGGAAUCUAUCAUGGGGAAUGGGAUGCUGAGGUUGAAAGAGAUACAGAAAAUAUUCAACCAUUUGUUGAGUCCCCUGAAUACUCUGUUGAUGGAAGUACUUCAAUGGAAUUAAACAAUAUUUGUGUGGCAGAGGAGGAAGAAGGAAAUGAAGAUGAUAGAAAUCAACAAUUUGUUGAGGCUCCUGCAUAUUCAGCAGAUAGAAAUUCUUCAAUGGAUCAACUUCUUAUCUCACAAGGGUCUUCUGAUAUUCUGUCAAUGUUGAUGGAAGAGGUUGCAGAACUGAAGGAAAGGCAAAUGAAACAAGAAGAAAAAAUUUGGACUCUCGAAAAAGAACUGGCUCAGUCAAGAGAGGUAGUUCAGAAGUUACAAAGUCAACACCGUGCAUUGGAAGCUCCCCCAUUGCCUUCAAGCCAACAGUUUGAAGGAUUUUACCGUGGAACACUAAACCCCUCUACUAAGAGGGGUGAUUGUGUGCUCGUAGUUGGAGGAUUUGAUGGUUUGAAUUGGCUGCCUAAUAUAAGUUCCUACAUGCCUUUGCAUGACUGCAUGGAAUAUCUUACGGCAAUGACAUUUCCACGGUCAUAUUGUUCUGUAGCAGUUUUGAAUAGUGAGGUUUAUCUACUUGGUGGCAUGCAUGGAGAGGUUUGGUAUGACACAGUUGAAGCAUAUAAUCCAAAGACAAAUGAAUGGUCCAAACGACCCUCAUUAAAUCGUGAGAAGGGAAGCCUGGCUGGAGCGUCUUUGUACAGCAAAAUUUUUGCAGUGGGUGGGAGAAAUGGGAUGGAAUGUUAUUCAGAGGUGGAAAUGCUAGACUUGAACACAGGAAAGUGGAUGUACUCUACAUCAAUGCUGGAAAAGCGGUUUUCAACAGCAGCAGCAGAAGUGAAGGGUGCUCUCUACGUGGUAGGGGGCUAUGAUGGAAAUGCUUAUUUAAAAUCUGCUGAAAGGUUUGAUCCAAGAGAGCAUACUUGGAGAAAAGUAGGUGACAUGAAAACAAAGAGAGGAUGCCACUCUUUGGUUGCAUUCGAUGAAAAGUUAUAUGCUCUAGGUGGCUACGAUGGAGACAGAUAUGUACCAAGUGUUGAGGUUUUUGAACCCCGUGUUGGUUCUUGGACGAUGGCGCAUCCAAUGAAUGAUUCUAGGGGUAAUUUUGGAGCCGUUGUCAUUGGCGGGAAGAUAUGUGCACUAGGAGGGAUCACGAACGGUGGAGGAACAUUAGACACGGUGGAAUUUUACGAUGGCUACAGAUGGAAUCCCAGCAACCUCAAAGGGCUUGGGAAGAGGUGCCUUUUCUCUUCCGUGAUGCUGUGAGAUUAGUGCAGCGUUUGGUUCCAAGAAUGAUGGGUAUUUUGCAAAUGCUACUUAAUUAGUGUGUUUUUAUCAUUGCAUGGUAAUGAAACUAGCAUCAUAUG